AUGCGCUGCUUUGUUACUGUUGGCACAACACAGUUUGAUGAGCUUGUGCAAGCAGUACUCUCUGAAGAGUCCUGUAGGGCCUUGAAAAACCUAGGUAUAACAGAAGUCGUGGCACAGUGUGGCCGAGGUUCCUAUCUUCCUCCUGGUUUUCAAAAAAAAGAUGGCAGUUCAAAAGAAUUAAACGGCUUAAACGUCAUUCUGUAUAAGUACAAAAACCAAAUUCAGAGUGAUAUGGAAAAUUCACAGUUGAUUAUUGGGCAUGCUGGUGCUGGUACUUGUUUGGAAGCACUGCGUCUCUCAAAGCCAUUUGUCGGUGUAAUUAACUGUAAUCUGAUGGAUGAUCACCAACGAGAAUUGGCAGAUCGACUUUCAAGUUGUGGUUGCAUUGUUGCUACGACACCCGAAGAAUUACAUUCUGUACUGAACAAUUUUUCGUUGAACUCACUGAAGCCAUUCUUACCAUCAGACUUGACAAAACUUUCGCAUGAAAUAGAUAGGAUAGUUGGUCUUUCUGGAUCGGCCUGA